CCGGCCAGCCCGGCGCCGGAAGUGAGCUGUUCCCGGGCGCCGCCGGGUCCUGCCACGUCCGAGGCCUGGAGCCGCCACCACCUCCGCUGUUGCCACCAUGGUGUCAGUAAUUAACACUGUGGAUACUUCCCAUGAGGACAUGAUACAUGAUGCCCAGAUGGACUACUAUGGCACCCGUCUGGCAACCUGCUCAUCAGACAGGUCCGUCAAAAUCUUCGAUGUGCGCAACGGAGGGCAGAUCCUCAUCGCCGACCUCAGGGGUCAUGAAGGUCCUGUGUGGCAAGUGGCCUGGGCCCACCCCAUGUAUGGCAAUAUCCUGGCAUCCUGCUCCUAUGACCGGAAGGUCAUUAUCUGGAAAGAGGAGAACGGCACUUGGGAGAAGACACAUGAGCACACAGGACACGAUUCCUCAGUAAAUUCUGUGUGCUGGGCCCCCCACGACUAUGGCCUGAUCCUGGCCUGUGGGAGCUCGGAUGGGGCCAUCUCCCUGCUGACCUACACUGGCUUGGGCCAGUGGGAAGUGAAGAAGAUCAACAAUGCUCACACUAUUGGCUGCAAUGCCGUCAGCUGGGCCCCUGCUGUUGUACCCGGAAGCCUCAUAGACCAGCCAUCUGGGCAGAAGCCCAACUACAUCAAGAAGUUUGCAUCAGGCGGCUGUGACAACCUCAUCAAACUGUGGAAGGAGGAAGAGGACGGCCAGUGGAAGGAAGAGCAGAAGUUGGAAGCACACAGUGACUGGGUUCGAGAUGUGGCCUGGGCCCCGUCCAUCGGUCUGCCCACCAGCACCAUUGCCAGCUGUUCCCAGGAUGGUCGAGUGUUUAUUUGGACCUGUGACGAUGCCUCAGGCAAUACAUGGUCCCCGAAGCUGCUGCACAAGUUCAAUGAUGUUGUAUGGCAUGUGAGCUGGUCCAUUACAGCCAACAUCCUGGCCGUCUCAGGUGGAGACAAUAAGGUGACCCUGUGGAAGGAGUCGGUCGACGGGCAGUGGGUGUGCAUCAGUGAUGUCAACAAGGGCCAGGGUUCCGUGUCCACUUCAAUCACAGAGGGUCAGCAGAACGAGCAGUGACAAGACAGGCCGGGCCUGGCUCUUCACCUGCCGCCUCCAGGACUGCCCCUCCUGGGCCAACUGACCAAACAGCUAGGAGGAAGAAUGCCAAACUCCCACAGGCUCACUCUCCCGGGAGUCAUACUAAAUGCAACCAGAUUGAUCAUCUGCCUUAACAUGAUCUAAUGUGGUUUGUAAUUUCUUGUCCAGCUGAAUGCACUCUUGUUAUGAGGGGAAAAACUACGAAUGACCUUCAAAUUUAUUAUUUUAAAGUAUUUUUGGUCACUUUUAUGUACCUUUUCGGUUCAGACAUCAUUUGUGGUGGGGAGGGGGGGAUUGUUUUCAGAAUAAUUAUUAAAUAAACUCAUAUUGCUUAUA